AUGACCGGCAUUUAUGUUAUUUUGGUCUUCCAGAACCACGAACAUGGACUCAGGAAUCAUAGCUUACAUACUUUGGAAACCGAAAAUGGCCCUAUUCCAAUAUCAAAAUUUCUGAAAUUCCUAGACGGAAAAGCUGGUCAAGGUAAAACUUUUCUCAUUAAUGCUAUUUGUCACACAAUUCAUGCUGCAAAAAGAAUUGUUUUACCUUGUGGAACAACUGCAUUGGCAGCAUUAUUUAGCCGAGCUGACCUGAUCUGUGAAUCAAUACUAAUAAUUUGGAACAAACUCCCAAUGGUGAAUAAAGCCAUAUUAGAAAGCAUGGAUCUUCUUCUUAGACAAAUCUGUGGCAAAGAUAAACCAUUUGGAGGAAAACUGUUUAUAGGGGCUGGAGAUUUUAGACAAGUAGCACCUGUUGUCAAAGGAGCAGGCAAAAGUGCUACAAUUAACACAUCGAUUAAAACUUCGUAUAUGUGGACAUACUUUGACAAACAUAUUCUUAAUCAACCCAUACGUAAUGCAACUAAUUCAGAUUUUGCAGAAUUUGUUGAUGCUAUUAGAAAUAACUAG